UGGCUCAUUGCUUAGUACACCACAGUUCACAGAGGGGCAAUCUAAGGAAGCUUAUAGUCAAACAUGGAACUAUAACAACUUCUACUGUUCCUUGACAUAACAACCACCUUUUAUAAUUGUGUCAAUCCUGAGAAUCAACACAUAUAACUUCAAUCAACUAACUACUCAGUAUGGCAGAAUACAAGUUGUCUGCAUCUUUGGCAGGUCAUGAAGAUGAUGUAAGUUAUAAUACAAUACUACAACACUCCAUUCUCCAACAAGGUCAACCUGAAUGUUUGGCGACAACAACAUAUACUGAUAUGCUACUUUUCAAUAUAGGUUCGAGCUGUAGCUUUUCCAUCUUCAAAAGCUAUAGUAUCAGCAUCUAGAGAUGGAACAGUACGAUUAUGGAAGCAACUUUCAGAUAAUCCACCACUAUUCGAUGCCACCAUUUCCUCUCAUGCAACAGCCUUUGUAAAUACAGUCGCAUAUUUACCGCCGAGUUCUCAAUUUCCAGAUGGUUUGGUCAUAUCCGGCGGAAAGGACACAGUCAUUGAAGUUCGACAAACUUCGAGAAAACCAGAAGAUAAUGCGGAAGCUUUACUUAUAGGACACAGUCACAAUAUAUGUGCUUUGGAUGUGGAUCCAGCUGGACGAUUUAUAAUCAGUGGAAGUUGGGAUGCGGAAGCAAGAAUAUGGCCAUUAGGGAAAUGGGAGUGUGAAUCUGUUCUAAGAGGACAUGAAGGUAGUGUUUGGGCGGUUCUUGCUAUAGAUCCAGAAACUGUAAUAACUGCUUGUGCGGAUAAGCUCAUUAGAGUCUUUCAUACUAGUGGUAAAUUACUGCGGACUAUUCGAGGAAGUGCAGAUGUUGUUCGAGCUCUUUGCAGGUUACCUAAGGGUCAUCCAUCAGGAGCAGAUUUCGCAUCAGCUGGAAAUGAUGCUGUAAUCAGAUUAUGGACUCUUUCCGGAAAACAGGUGGCAGAAUUACAUGGACAUGAGAACUUCAUUUAUUCAAUUGCCUCAACGCCUUCUGGAGAAAUCAUCAGUUCUGGUGAAGAUCGAACUUUAAGAGUAUGGAAAGAUAGUCAAUGUAUCCAAACGAUCACGCAUCCAGCAAUUUCGGUAUGGGGUGUAGCUGUUUGUGAGGAAACUGGGGAUGUUGUAUCAGGAGCAAGUGAUAGAGUGGUGCGAGUCUUUACAAGAAAUUCGGAGCGCUUUGCAGAUGCAGAGACAACAAAAUUAUUUGAAGAUUCAGUGAAGGAAUCGUCAAUACCUCAACAAGCACUACCAGAAGUUAACAAAGAGAAGCUUCCUGGACCGGAAUUCCUUGCCCAAAAAAGUGGCACCAAAGAAGGACAAGUUCAAAUGAUUCGUGAGCUGAAUGGAGCUGUCACUGCACAUACCUGGUCUAGUUGUAAGUAAUUCCUACUACUCGAUCUACAAUUGUAAGCUAACAAUUAUCUAGCACAAGGCCAAUGGAUAAAUGUAGGAACUGUUGUUGAUGCUGUUGGAAGCAGUGGGAAGAAAGUCGAAUACCUCGGAAAGGAGUAUGAUUUUGUUUUUGAUGUUGAUAUUGAGGAUGGUAAACCUCCUCUCAAGCUUCCUUAUAACUUAUCCCAGAAUCCUUAUGAAGCCGCCACAAAAUUCAUCGCAAAUAAUGAGCUUCCAGUAACCUACUUAGAGCAAGUAGCCAAUUUUAUCACAACUAAUACCCAAGGAGCUACAAUUGGCCAAACUCAAGAAAGUUCUGGACCGGAUGCGUGGGGUAGUGAUCAAAGAUAUAGACCAGGAGAGGGAGAGAGCUCGGCGCCUGUAAAUAUCCCUCCACCGCCAAAGGUUCUCCCGCAAAAAGAGUAUCUCUCAAUUAUUGUGGCUUCGGUCCCCAAGAUGCAAAAGAAGAUUGAAGAAGUCAAUAAGGCUUUAAUUGCGGAUGGUCAAAAAGGUAUAUCAUUAAAUCCUGACGAGCUCGAAAUUCUUCAAGAACUUCGAAAACAUCUCGAAUCCGCCGGCGCUACGAAAACCUCUCAGUCAGUUAUUGGAGGCCUCGAUCUAGCUAUUAAACUCUCUACUCGCUGGCCUUAUAAAGAUCGACUCGCUGGACUUGAUCUCUUGCGUCUCCUAGCCAUUGCCCCUGAGACUGCAAAUUAUUGUAGUUCCGGGGGCUGGAGUAUAAUCGACGUUUUUUCACAAGCCGCUUUAGAGACUCCACCUCCAUCCGAAAAUCACAUUAUGAUGUCCGUUCGUGGUUUUGCCAACCUUUUUGAUUCUACUGAAGGUCGUCAAUUAGCCCAAGACAAUUUCGAUAAAGUUCACAUCUUUAUAAAAGAAGCUAUUAAGACAUCUACUAAUAGGAAUUUGUUGGUGGCUGCUACAACUGUUUUUAUUAACUAUGCAGUGUUGUUUACUGAAAAGGACCCGGAUUUCGAACAUGUUCUUGCUGUGUUAGAUAUUGUUACUAGUAUCUUGAAGACACAGGUGGAUAGUGAGGUGGUGUAUAGAGGAUUAGUGGGAUUAGGGACGGUGUUGAGUGUAGGAGAGGAGAUUCGAGAGGCUGGAAAGGAUGUCUAUGGUGUUUUAGGUGUUGUAGAUGGUUGUGUGAAGAAGGCUAGUGAUCCUCGGGUAAAGAAUGUGGGAAGAGAAAUUCGACAGUUACUUGCGUAGUUAAAUAAGGGGCUAGGAUUGGCUGGUAGAAUUGGCUGGAAUUGGCGAGCGGAAAGGAGACGUUAGGUGGAGGGGAACUUGGUACAAAGCACGAAGAUAAUGAUUAUAUGAACGAAAUGAAUUAAAGAUAUUUGAGGCGUGUAUUGCUGCGCCUUUCUUUUUCCCUUGUAAUCUCGUUAAUGCGAUAACACUUUAACUCU